AAAGCAACAUGGCGGUUCCGAAUGGUUGGCAAAAUAGCUGGUUGGGCAAAGUUUUUGUUAAAUUUGAUCCAGGAAGAGGUAAAAAAGAAGCACCUCUUGUCGAGGAUUUAAUUAGGAAAAGUGGUCUGUCUACUACCUCAUGUGAGAGCGGCACAAAGGCAAUUCUUAUGGGGCCACCUGGAGCAGGCAAAGGCACCCAGGCUCCAAAGCUUGCAGAAAAGUUUUGUGUUUGUCACCUUGCUACAGGUGACAUGUUGCGUGCAGUUGUUGCAUCUGGUUCUGAACUUGGAAAGAAAGUAAAAGGAGUUAUGGAUAGUGGUCAGCUUGUCAGUGAUGAACUUGUUGUUGAAUUGAUUGAAGAUAAUUUGAAUAAACCAGAAUGUAAAAAUGGAUUUCUUCUUGAUGGUUUCCCAAGAACAGUUGUACAGGCAGAAAAGUUAGAUGGACUUUUGGAAAAACGAAAUGCCAAAUUAGAUGCUGUUGUUGAGUUUGCUAUUGAUGACUCAUUGCUUGUAAGAAGAAUUACUGGAAGAUUGUUCCACAAGCCAAGUGGUCGUUCUUAUCAUGAAGAAUUUAAUCCUCCCAAAGUUGCCAUGAAAGAUGAUGUAACUGGUGAGCCUUUAAUCCGCCGUUCUGAUGAUAAUGCCGAGACUUUAAAAAAGCGUUUGGAAUCUUAUCAUAAGCAGACGUCACCGUUAAUCAAUUAUUAUCAAAAGAAAAAUCUUCAUUACAAGAUCGACGCUGCAAAAUCUCCUGAAGAAGUUUAUAAAAGUCUUUUGGAGGCCUUCAAAAAAGCUAAGUCGAAAUAAAAACUUGUAGAAAUUUAGAAUUUGACUAAUUCCCAAUGCACGUCUGUUGCUCGAACAUGAAUAUAAUUUUUCUUGCGACUAAA